CUCGAGCCCCACCACCACGACAAGGUGCAGGUACCAUUAAGUGGGGAUGACCAUACUUGGUAACUCGUAAAAACAUAAUUAUGCAUUAAGAAUUAUUCUCAUCUGCCAUGUAAGUUACCAACACGCCAAAGACAGAUAAAAGCACCUUAACUACAAAUAUAAAAUCAUAGCUGCCAAUAUGCUGAGCGAGUUUGCAUUUUAUGAAGAAACUUACGAAUCUAAAAAUUAGUUUUAAGGUGUAAAUGUUUAAAGUGGGUUGAUGAUAAAACUAUAAAUAAUAAUAAUACUCUUUCUAAAAGCAUUCUACACAUUAUUAUUACAACUGGAUGAUUAAGCUGAAUACUCUGUGCAUUAUUAUGUCGUUCAACCCAGAGCACAUUGUGUUCAAAGACAAUACCGAUCGUUCGUAAUCUCUGACCAAGUGAUUCCGUCUCGAUGUUGGUAUUAAUCUAUGUACAGUCUUCUCUACAAAAGCAGUCAUAUUGAAGAUGGUGGUGUGAGGCGAGGUGAAAGGAGAAAUUGAUGUAGGUUGUGUACGAUUCACAAUUAAAAUUACUCAUUCAGGAAUUUUUAACUUAUAGGUGUAUAACAGUUUAGUGUUUCUUCUUGGCAUUUGCACCAUUGAUUACAGCAUGUCAUCAGGUCGACCUAUAAAGUGUGUUGUUGUUGGAGAUGGAACAGUAGGAAAGACUUGUAUGCUGAUCUCAUAUACAACAGACAGUUUUCCAGGAGAGUAUGUCCCUACUGUAUUUGAUAACUAUUCAGCUCCUAUGGUCGUGGAUGGUAUUCCGGUAAGUCUCGGCCUUUGGGAUACAGCAGGACAGGAAGACUAUGACAGAUUGCGUCCUCUUUCUUAUCCUCAGACGGACGUGUUUUUGAUCUGCUUCAGUGUGACUAGUCCAUCAUCUUUUGAAAAUGUUACAUCGAAAUGGUAUCCUGAAAUCAAACACCAUUGCCCAGAUGCCCCCAUGAUAUUAGUAGGAACGAAGAUAGAUCUGCGUGAUGACCGAGAGACGUUGACAACUCUUGCUGAGCAAGGCCUCUCGCCAAUAAAACGGGAACAGGGUCAGAAGUUAGCAAACAAAGUAAGAGCAGUAAAGUACAUGGAGUGUUCUGCCCUCACACAAAGAGGACUGAAGCAGGUAUUUGAUGAAGCUGUGCGUGCAGUUUUACGGCCUGAGCCCCAAAAGAGACGCCAGAGGAAGUGUUCCAUGCUUUAGAAUACUCAAGUUCCAUACUUUGGACACAGGAAGAAAGAACAACAGUCUGAGGUUCAGCUGGGCCUUCCUUAAGUAUCUUGUAUUGCUAACCAUUUAUAAGACAUUUCAUUGUGGAAUGCUAAUGAUCUACCAGCAGUGGUAGAUGUUAUUUCUUGGUGUAUGCUACCUUUAUCAGGGACAGAAGCCAGGCAUAGGUCAUAGUUUUAACAGGUUCUGUUUUUCUGUGCCAUAUGUAUUUCACAUUACAGUGAAUCCUACUAGAAAUCUGUCAACUUGUAAGGAAUCAUCCCUUAGUUACCAGAUGACAUUAUUCUUCCUGAUUGAAGGAACUGAUUCCUUCUUCCUUGCUCUCUUUGUUGUUAGAACCUAAUUCGGGUAUUUUUCUACAUAAUUAAAGCAGUCCAUCAUUAACCUUAUUCAAUAUGUUGGCUCCUUUGACAGACAGCAGAAGUGGCUAACUUUUGGUGAAAGUGAAAGGAACAUCCUCUGUAGUUUUAGUAGGAAGAUUUGUGUACGUCAGUUUUGCAUAUUGAAAUGUAGAAAACACUGUCAGCUUGUCAGAAUACAGUAUAACAUAGACGUUUUUCAAAGUAAGUACCUAUACCUACAGGUUGGCCAGCUUACAAAGGAUUAAUAAUGAAAAACACUUUCUUGAUGGCUGACUAAAGAAGUGCCCAACUUUGGCAAUUGAUAGACUUUCAGGAGUGGCCAGUUUCAUUGUCUUUUGCAUUGAACGUGUUUGAGAAUGUUGGAAGGUUUAAAUAUUGAUUUACUUUACAGAUAGACGUUUUGUCUGUUGUUACAAGUUUUAAGCCCAGCUUUAUAAAACUGUGAAUGAAAAGUGAAAGCUUUGUAGUAACUGGCUUCUGCUUGUAAAUGUGUCAUGUAUAAUUUAUCACCGUAAUUAUUAUGUGCAAACAGUUGUUGGAACAAUAACAGAACUUUUGUGGAAAGCUGUGAGAUACAGGUUAUAAUUGUGCUUAAAUUUUUUUAUAAUAUUUGUUUUUAAAAGUUCUAAUGUGUUUAUUUUAUAUUUGCAGUGUCUAGAUAGGAUGUUUGUAAUUUUUGUCUUUAUCGCAACAUUAAAAACAGUUCUAAAAACUACCUAGCCUUGUUUUAAAGGGGUACAAGGAACUGUUUCCCAAAGUAUAAAGCAUUUGGACCAUGAAGCUGGCCACUUGUGUGUGCAUAUUUAUUGUGUUGUUAGCUAUACCUUAAUCGCUAAAAUGUGUAAUGCAUUUGUUUUGUGUAAAACAUUAGAUACCAACUCAGAAAUAUAAGUGGUCAAGGUUUUCUAACUUGGUCCUAUAGUCAUUCUAUCCAGAUAAAGUUGGUACUGUUGAAGCAGUUGCUUUUUUUUCUCUCUCUCUCUCUCUCAUUAGCCCAAUGUUAUAGAAUGAAACAUCACCUCAUGAGGGACACAUUUCACAUUGCACUGCUCUGAAUGAACUGACUUCUAUUAAUUCUGUCAUUUUAAGUCUGUGGAAAAUGUAUUUGAUUUAUGUACAAAUUGAACCACAUGGUGUAUCAUGUUCUAUGUGGGAAUGAUUGCUAUUGGUUAGAACAUCACCAUUUUGCUAUUUCAAACAACAAUUUGAUUGUAGAACCCAGAUGUUCUACUCUGCUUGUAUCAAGGGCUGCCUUUCGGCUUGAUCAGCAGCAAAUUCCAUCCAUCUCAUGUCCUCACAACCUCUCUCCUUAAGAUUUGCCUUUUAGGUCUUCCAAGUGACCACGUUCAUCUGCAGUUGUCAGAACUCAUUGUUUAAGAUGAAAAAGAAAGACUUGACUGGAAAAGUUGUUUUAAAAACUUUUUCUGUGGCUUUUUCUUAAAAAUGACUGAAUGGUGGAACUGCAGUCUUUCAGAUAUUGUCCAUUUCUGUUAAUCAAGUGAUUAGUAUAGUAUGUGACAGUUCAACUCUUUAAUAUGCUCAUUUGAAUAAUAUUUAAAAUUUCAGUUCCUCUCCUUGGAAAGCAGGAAUAAGAGUUACAAAAACAGUUGGUUAAUGUUUAGAGAAAAAAAUGGAAUACAUAAAUUCACUGCCUGGUCAUAAUGUCAAAGCAGGUUGAUUAUUAACCAUUCUGGUUAAAUGUAUAUAAUGUAAAUUACUUUAAAUUCAUGAUAAAAGUAUAAAAAAAGUUUUCAAGCAGUAGAUGUCCUGUGAUAUUCAUGCCUCUUCAAAAAACAGAUGAAAUUCUGUACUUAACUCACUAUAAAGGAAAGUGGUUGGUGUGUUGCAAUUGCUAAGUCCCAUAGAGAAAGUAGAAAUGCCUGCAGUGUUGAAUUCAAAUACCAUAUUUAAAUAUUUGACAAAAUUCAUCAUAAGAAUUUAUUUGAAUAUGUAAUGCUGUUAUUGCAGUAAAUCUUGCAUUGCAGAAGAUUGAUUUUUGAAUGCAUAAUUAGGCAGUGAAUUUGGUAUAUGUAUGAGAACAUUUUCUCUGUAGUGGAAGUUCUUAUUCACUGUCACUACAUAUUUGGUUACCAUAUAAACCAGAAUGUCUAUUUUAUUUUGUGUCUCAUAAACCAAGUGAAAACAAAGACAAAACGUGGUGUCAAAUAGUUUUGAGCAUGCUUAUUACACUUGGUUUCAUAAGAAAUACCUCUGUGGAAGUUACAGCGUCAUAGCAUAUUUUGUCCUUUAGUCAUCAUUUAUUUAUAUUUAAAGUAAGAAUUUGCUACUACAGUAAGGAGAAUGAUGGAAUUGCACUUGGUGCAGAAUACUUAUUUAAAUGUUUGUAAAUUCAUAUCCAGUGAUGUGUGUAAAUUGAUCAGUAAAUUCUGUGGUACUAUUAUUCUGCAGGAGAAUUUCAUGCCAGCAAAUACACAUUACUGAUUUUUUUAUGUAAGUAAUUGAGUGGUGCAAUAUGCUGUUAUGAAUUGAUUAACAGUUUAUUAUUGCCAAUAGAUUUGGCAACUGAUCAUGACAAUGCAAUUUUGCAAGACAGAAGUGGGCUCACUUUUUAAUAGCUUCAAUUAUAUACUGAUGUGAUGUUUUAUACUUAUUUAUAUAUGUAAAAUAAUUUUAUGGGUGUGCAUGUGCUUCUAAAAUAUUUAAGAAAUUGUAAAGACUGUGUAGUUUCCUGAUGGUGUACAAUGUCAGCCAGUAUGUCCUGAGCAUUUGCAGAUUUUAAGAUGCUUUCAAGUGGUGGUGGUGGUAUUAUACCACAGUUGAAUUUGUGAGGCUAUUCUGUCUUUUAACAUAAAGAACACCUGUGCAGACACUAUACAUGUGGUUGUUUAACUUGAUAUGUGGACAGUGACUGUGGAGGGAGGAGGGGAAGAAAUAAUUCCUGGUACGUGCAGAAAGUAGAAUAAUGUUCUAAAAACAGAUAAUUAACAAUGUUCAGAGUGGUGUGUUUUUAAUUUCUUAGGUUUAUGUUGUUUCAAACACUCAAAUAGAAACAAAUCAUUUGACUUAUAAACUUUUGAAUUUAAUCUCGUAAAUGUCAUCAUAUAACAUGAAGAUUUUGAGUUAGACUAUCCAGGUAUUAAGUGUAUGAAUUUUAGUUUGAGGGAGAAGACAAAACUGUUGGAUGACAGAUAUUUGGAGCUGUAACUCAUUGACUUAUGCUCUCAUGGAGAUAUGCCAAAAGGCAUGUAAUUAAUCAGAAUGCAUAUCAGUCUAAAUUAAAUUUGGACUUUUGAAAUGCAGAUACUCAGAUUUGUGGAUCUGAUUGUGGGCCAUUAAUUUGAAUAAUCUUAAUCCAAAUAUAUUUUUUUCAUAGUAUUCUGUUUAAAAUGAGGUAUGAUAUUUAUGGCCUAUCAAAGUACACCAGUAGGAAAUAACAUAUGGAUACAUGUAUUUUUAUUUUCUGUAGAUGUAAUUGUAGUGGUUAUCUGAUGACUCACAAAACAUGAUAUUCUCUUAAUGAUAUGCUUUUAGUGUUUUUGUUUUCCAAUUUUGUAUGAUAGCUGGAACUAGAAAUUAGUUUAUAUAUUCAUAGAACGUUAAUGUUGUGUUAUUGUAAUGUGAGUGUAUUUUAAUAUGCAUAUUUACAAUUAACAUACACACAAAGUAAGAAUUCUAUCACAUUUCAAAAUAUCUUAACUGGCACAGCUAGUGUACUUCUUCUUUGUUUCUGUACAUUGUAUGCUCUCAUUUUUUGAUGUGUACCAUAUUCCUGUUUUACAUUCACUUAGCAACAUCAAGCUGUUACUUACCAUUAUAAUAUUUGUUGACAGUGCAUCAUUAUAUGAGUUUCUUUGAAAAAGUAAUUUUGAUGCUCUGUUGUGUAAUGUUGCUAGUUGACAUGUUGCUGAUAAAAAUUAGUGAAUCUGCAUACAGGCCUGGAGCACUCUCUUAUGUACAGCUUGAUUCUGCCACAUAAUAAUAUGGUCUUUUUUGAGUUCAUGGUGUCUUUAAAGUUUACAAUCUAAAUUGUCUCAACCAUGUGUAUUUGUGGCUUCUAAUUUAUGCUGUUCACAGUUUCUGUUACAUUUAAUUUAAUAAAUCUUGGUUCAUGCACUAUACAGAUGUGAAAUUGGGCAUAAUCUCAUGAUGUAAAAGAUGCCUCUUGUAUUUUGUAGUACAGUAAAAUUAUUGUCUAAAAUAUUUCAGAGCUAAUUUUGUAUUGCAAUAUUCUGAUAGCAGGAGUGAUGUGUCAUGGAAGUUUAGGAAUUUGUUUUCAAUUUAUAAAGUUCUAUUUGUACCAUAAAAGGUAUGAAUGCUAUAGUCUUUAUCAGAUGAUUGAGUAAAGGAAUGAAUCACGUCUAAAUAUUUUAAAGAAAUAUAACUUAAAAUGAAAUGCACACUUUGAGAACCAAAUGGAUACUCAUCUUUAGUAUAUUUUGGGUUACGUGUUGACACAUUUUUCUUUUAAAUUAAUUUUUUUAUGAUUGUAAGAGCUGGAAUAGCCUAAUCAGUAGACAUGCUACAUAUAGGUUAAAUUUUGUUUUCUAGUUGUGGCAGUACAUUUCUUUUCACCACCAUGUCUGAGACAAAUUUGGGGCUCAGCCAACUUUCUACCUAGUGGGUAGCUGUUUCUCUUUGCCGACUAAUGUGGCCAGAGCAUGAAAGCAAACUGUCUGGCGUCAUUGUCAAGAAAGUCUGAUGCUUUAAUUUUAUGCCAUGUAUACUCAUUUCUUGUAUUUGGUUAGGUUGGUCUGUACACAGGUGCUUUUUUUUCUACCAUCUCCCUCAUCUGUUAGGAAAUGCAGCCAGAGAGGGCUGCAUGGACCUUCCCUCACUCAUAACCAUAUGUUUCUUUGCUAUAGUGAUAAUCAUCACUGACUGACUUGUGUAAUUGGAGAAACAACAUUGUGCUGUAAAAAAAUAAUUCUGGAUUACUUAUACUUUCUCUCCUAUCCAGUAGCCUGGAUAAUGGAUAAUUUUGUGUUUUUAUCAGCAAAAAACACAAAAUGGGGGAAAUACAUGGCAACAUAUGUCUGCAAUAUGAUUUACAGGGACAUGUAAUAUGCCCAGUUGUCUUAUUUUAGUGGGUAGUAAUGUAGAAGCUAACGUUUUCUUUUCCUUUAUUUUGUCAGUGACAAUAUUGUGCUUCACCAGACUAACAUGUUCUUCUAUUGAUGUAAGAUUUGGGGUUUUCAUGGCAAUGUGAAUGUCGAUGAUCUUGUUGUGGGUUGUUGUGCCAUGUAGUGUUUUGGCUGUAUGCCAGUAUUUCUUUCAGUAAGAUUGACAAAAUCAAACCUUCAGAAAGACAUAUUUAAAAGUUUUUGAAUUGGUUAAUUUUAUUAUCUCAUGAUGGGAAAAUGCAUUGAAUUUUUGUUUAUUGGAACCAUAUUUAUUCAAAUACAGUCUUAAUCAUUAUCUUCCCUUUUCAGACCCAAAUACUCAGUUAUGUAGGUCAGGACAAUUUUUUUGUAUCUGUUUAUGUGUGUGUGUGCCGUAUUGUGGUGCAUCUGGCUAGCUGUCAGAAUUAGGGCAUUUUUAUGCCUCCCAUAUAGCAGAUAUGAAAGAAAUAACUGUUUUGGCUACAUUUGAAAACUACUGUUUAAAAAUCAAUAGGUGCUACCAAUUGUUUUCUGUAGAAAAAUUGUGUGAUGUGCAGCAGGAGUUGUCUUUUAUAAUUAUGAAAAAUUAUGAUUUGUAGUGUCAUAAUGUGAGGACCACCUUACCAAGACACUGUUUGCAAGAGUGUAAGACAUACUGUUAUGAAAAAACCUGACAUGGGAGAACAAGGUGAAAGUCAUGGCAUGUGUCUGUUUUCUUGAGAUCAUAAAGAAUUUGCUUGCUACAUAGUGUUUAUGGUCUGAAUAUAUUUUGAGAAAAUAUGGACAUUAAAAAUUACCAUGUAUAGGUUUGUAAUUGUCAUAAAUGAAUGCAUACAAAUUUUCUAUUGUUUCACCAUCACCGACUGCAAACUGUUUUUGAGUGGAUUAUUACACUGGACACUGACAUACAGGCUGCAGGUAAUAAUGAUACACAUAAUGGUUGACAUUGUCUAGUCCAGAGACCGAGUAUUGUCUUGUGGCUACUAGUGGCAAUUAAAGUUUUGAAUCUCAAGAAUAUUGCAUGUUUGUAGGCUUGACAGAUGUUAAGACUGAUGAUUCUUUAAGGAUAAAUCAGUGGUGUGUGUGUGUGUGUGUGUGUGUGUGUGUGUGUGUGUGUGUGUGUGUGUGUGUGCAUGCAUGUUCAAGGCACAAUUUUAUUACUUUCGGAGCUAUGCAACCAAAGUUUAAUCAUUAUGACUGACCUGUAGUAAUUUUGUUUAAUUCUAGUCAUAAUAUUUCAUUUUAUUUUAGGAUGGCUGCAAGAGUCAGAUCUGUAUGAAAGUUGUUUUUUGUUUUCUAUGUGGUUGCAUUUUCAUGCCAGACUGGGGUCAACUCAGACAAAUUUUGUACAUAAUUUGCUAAAUUUAUGAAAGUACAGUCAUGCCAUAUAAUGAAUUUAAGAGGAUGAACUUGCUGAUUUUGUAACUUAGUUAAAUAGAACUGAUACUUUCGGCUUGCUUUUCCUACAGUCCAUAUUUUCAGUAUGAUGGUCUGAAAUGGCCUCAUUUAACAGGCCAUUUUGUUAUUGACAAUAUAAUUGGUAUGGUUUGAUUUAUUAUCAUUACAUUGUAUUGUAUAAAUAAAAUAAUUUGCAAGGAACAUUUAUGUAUCCCUAAGGUGAUGCAUUCUCCGUUUUGAUGUUUGUCCUGUUAAAGUUACAAUGGUGAUAAUUUGCAGGACACACCCAGCAUCACUUUGUAAUGAAAUGCAAAAUGUAUUAAAUUUGAGAGUUCUGCAGUAUGACCUAGAAUAUUGUUUUUUAUAAAUUCAGUGUCUGUAUGGAAAUGUAUGUGAAUAACUUAGCAUGAAACUUA